AUGAGCAAAAAGUGUGAUAAGAAGAAGGACCAGGAUGAUUGUGACGAGAGAAUUGCUGAAUAUAGGGAGUCGUUUGAUUUAUUCGACAAAGAUGGAAAUGGCAGGAUUUCAACGAAAGAACUCAAGUCAGUUAUGAGCUCAUUAAGCCAAAAUGUUACUGAUGCUGAAGUUCAGCAAAUGAUUAGACUAGUUGACCUAAAUCGUGACGGUGAGAUUGACUUUAGUGAAUUCGUAAAGAUGAUGAAUAAUUGCAAACCAACAAGCGAUACAGAGCGAUUGCAGGAGGCCUUUAGAGUGUUUGACAGGGACGGGAAUGGAUACAUUACUGUUGACGAAAUGCGGCAGGUGAUGUGCAAUUUGGGUGAAAAGCUGACAGAUGAGGAAGUUAAGGAUAUGAUCAAGUCGGCCGAUAUGGACGGUGACGGUCAGGUCAAUUUUGAAGAAUUCUCUCUUGUUAUGAACCAACGACACUGUGGUCAUUGA